AUGGGAGAGCGCACAGCAGAGCACAGAGACACACAAAAACUCUGGGAAGUAACUAGGAUAAAAAUACCAGUAUGUAUCUGUUUUAGAUAUUUUGAGUUUUGCUUUUUUUAUGCCUUGAAUAUUUUAUUUCAAAAAGUAUCUGAAGCAAAUUCUCAGACUGAACUACUUCUUAGACCUCACUGUAAGAAUGUUUUAUUCAAUGUCUCAUUUAUGAUAGAUUUGCAAGCUGCUCAUUUUUGAACAGCUUUUUGCAUGGGAUAGGAGCAUGUCUAUUCUAACACAUUAGCUUAUUCAAAAGCAAGAAUUUUAAAAAUAAGAUAAAUGUAAAGUUGUUUUAUAAACGAUCCUGUUAAUUAACCCACAGACACCAUAUAUCCUUCUGCAUCCUUUGACCAAUAAAAGUUGCUGGAGAACCAAA